CUAUUUUGAUUUGAUUCAAAGCUCAUGUGAUCGUAAGCAGCCCGACGCGUGGACGGAUCGGUACCUCCCGUUUGGCCGCCGGUUCAACACUGUCCUGCCUUCUUUUCAUCGAUCAUCAGGCCACGGGAGGAGGAGAUGAACACGAAGGAUCGUGUGCGUAUGUGCAGGCAAUAGAGGCGGACUGCUGCGGUCCUUAUUUAUUCUCAUGAUUUCAUUCAUGAAAUGAAUUUGUACUACACGGAUAAAUAAAGCCUACAGAAAAACACCAAAACAGAAAAAAGGGAACUAAGGGAGGAGGAAGGGAAAGAAGAACCGGACGAGGCGGACCGCGCUAUAAACGGGGUGGGAGCUCCAGCUUGGCGGCUUUACUCCGCACACACCCAAGACAACAACACACAGUCCAGCUGCUGCGUCCAGAAAUAAACGCGUCCAUCUACGUUCUCCAGGGCGAGGAAUGUGUUUUGCAUGAUCAUACAGGGGGCCACAGAAAAGGACAGAUCACGGAGAAAGAGGAGAGCGAGAGGGGCCAUGGGAUGGAAGACAUUCCGAGUGGUUCCUCGCGACCUCACGCCUUCCAGCCGCCGCAGCAGCAACAGCAGCCGAGCAGCAGUGUGAAGAGAUAAGAGAGAUUAACUGCCGCGGAGGUGACCUUUUCCACAUCCAUAUGGAAGCCAGACGAUGAGCAAGACCCAGAGUUUGUCAGCCGUGCAAAAAGAAAAGAAAAAAUGUGCAUCAACUCCAUGGGUAGAGGAUCGCUACCUUUCCAGCUCCUCUAAGACCCCCGAUAACCGUGUUCCACGCUGCGUUGGGGUGUGUAGGGGGGAGGAACUAGGGUAGCAAUUACCAGUUCCUAGUUUUACUCAAAGUCUAAGACUACUGCAAGCUUACCAGUCCCUUUAGCUGUUGGACGCCACAUGUUUGAGGUGACUCCCGUUGACCGCCGCCUCCCUUCAACUCAAACUCCACCAUGUCGUGGAGACGGAGGCACUGCUGCCCCAUUAAGAUGACCUGGACCGUCAAGCGCUCGCUGUUCCGCACCCAGGUGGCGGGCCUACUAUCGCUUGCCCUGCUCUUAACCUUCUUCCUGUUCUUCAGCCAUCAGGACUGGCUGCCCGGACGCAGUGGGCCCCGCGAAAGCCCCUUGUCCUACACCGUGCACGGUUUCCGUGGCCCCAAGGUGGAGUUAAACCAGAGCUCCUCCAUCAGGAGCCUCUGGAAGGAGAUGGGGUACGUGGCGCCAAAGCAUCCGCUCAACCUCAGCUCUCAGCAUGUGGCGGAGGUGGGCGAGAUCGGGGGAGGAGGGGAAGAAGGGCUAGUCCGGACAGGGGUAAUGGGGCUGGAGGAUUCCAUGAGUGCCAACAACAGUUUACAGAAGGAGAUGGGUAUAGGCGGGAAGCUUAGCGCACAUCCAUACCGCUACAUCUUGAACGAGCCUUUCCUGUGCCGAGACAGCACACCCUUCCUCGUCCUGCUCAUCGCUGCCGAACCGAGCCAGGCCGUCGCCCGCAACGCCAUCCGCCAGACGUGGGGCAAUGAGAGUGCGGCAAUGGGGCUGGGCUUUGUGCGCCUCUUCCUGCUCGGAGUAGGCAAGAGCGCAGAGAGUGCCCUCCAGAGCAGUAUCGAGGAGGAGAGCCAUGUCCACCACGACAUCAUCCAGCAGGACUACCAGGACACGUACUAUAAUCUCACCGUCAAAACCCUGAUGGGUAUGAACUGGGUGGCCGCUCACUGCCCGCAGGCCCGCUAUGUGAUGAAGACCGACAGCGACAUGUUCGUCAACACUGAGUAUCUCAUCCAGAAGCUGCUGAAGCCCGAGCUGCCACCCAGGCAGAGGUUCUUCACAGGCUACCUGAUGAGGGGCUACGCGCCCAACCGGAACAAGGACAGCAAGUGGUACAUGCCGCCGGAGCUGUAUCCGAGCGAGCGCUACCCCAUUUUCUGCUCGGGGACGGGGUACGUGUUCUCGGGGGACAUGGCAGAGCUGAUAUACCAGGCAUCCCUGAGCAUACGCAGGCUGCACCUGGAGGACGUCUAUGUGGGGAUCUGCCUGGCCAAGCUGCGCGUCGACCCGGUGCCGCCCCCAAACGAGUUCCUCUUUAACCACUGGCGGGUGUCCUACUCCAGCUGCAAGUACAGCCACCUAAUCACAUCCCAUCAGUUUCAGCCCAACGAACUCCUCAAGUACUGGAACCACCUGCAGACCAACAAAGCCAAUGCCUGCGUGAACAUGGCCAAGGAGAAGGCGUCCAGGUAUAGACACCGGAAGUUCCAUGGGGAGCGGCCCCACUAAGGUCCUUUCUCAGUACUCUCCAAAUUCCUGUCGAGGGAAGAUAUGGGAGGAAAGGGGGAUUCAAGGUUUCGCCAGAUUGUGGCAGCUGCAGCUGGGAAAUUGGGAGAUGUAAGCACUAUACACUUGUAUGUGGAAGAGCACAAUGUUUUUGGUAUCAUGUAGUCGACGAUUGAAGAUAUUUUUUUAAUUUCCAAGAGCCGUUGAAUAUUGUAAACCUUGUUGAGCUGUUUCGAUGAGAGAGUUCAUGUCUAUGUGCAAUACUAAGCAUGCACACAAAAAAAAAUACAGAGGUUUAAGAGCAGUCAUUGUGACGUUUCAGGUGCCAAUAGAACGCGGGGAAACACAUUACAGUUCAUGGUGGGGGCUGUUCUGUAUACUGGUGGUAUGGUAUACAAAGAGUGGAGCUAACUGUGACCCACAUUUUUAUAGAACAUUUAUGAAACAAAUGGUUUGCCACAGUUAAAGGGGUAUAUGACUAUAUAAAUGUAAUAUCUUGAAAGUUACUACUACCUAACUAUGAAUGACUGUAUCUUUGAUGUGGACCAGUAAUGCUGCCCUGUUUCUCAAUGUUUAUUUUACACAAUUAUGAAAAAAAAUCAGGACUGUAAAGAGAGGGUUUAUCUGUCAAAUUCUGUAUUUUAUUUAUGAUAUACACUCACAGUAACAUGUCAGAGAUGGAUGAGAUUGUAUUUUUUAAAGCUUUACAUCAAGUGAAUCUGCACUUGAACUCCAAUUAAAUGUUUUGAGUUAAGAUGGGUUGCAAUUGUCUGUGCCUUUUCAUUGAAAAUCUCAAGUGAUUUACAGCUUGACUGUCAUCCACAUUCAAUGUCACUUCCACACAGUAGUGUUAAAUGAUCUCACUGAAUAGAAUUUAUUUGAAAAACCACAGGGCUUCUGUUGUUUUUUUUAAAGGAGAUUUGAAUUGCAAAACAAUGUGUGUAUGUAUGAAUGAUUUUGGGGGAAACUAGGGCAGCGUGGGGAUUGUUAACAUUUGUGCACACACUCCAGCUCUUAAAGUCACCAAUAAAGAAGAGGAUGGAUAAUUGGGUGACAACUUGAAAGAAAAGUACUCUCAUUGAGCUAUGGCAGGUGACUUAUAUCUCUGUUGCGACCACACACACCUCUAUCGACACCUGUCCUUCAGAUCUUAUUCUUAUCUGCUUUGCAUCUGGAUUUGGUUCGGUUUACAGUAAAUGAAGGACCAGAGUUUGUGCUUCCAUUAAAGUAUGCAAAUCCCUCCAAGUUUCCUAUAUGGACAUCCGAAGACCAAGAAGCCAGAGGUAUAGAAUUGUCUUAGAUAAGUCAUGCAGUGACAGAUAAUUAUAUCCUGCUUACGCCCCAGGCAAAAUAGCUCGUUGGCUUGCAGUCCGAUCCCUCGAUAUUCUCCAAUGAACAUCUUAACUUAAGUUAUUUUACGUAAUCUUUAACCGCAUCAAUAGGGAGGUCUGUUUUAUGGGAGCAGCACAGCACAUAAAUGUUAAUUAUUUAAAUGAAAAAUAAACCUCUACAGGAAGGAAGAGUGUAAUGUGGAUCAUAUAGCCAUUUACACUUGCUACUUCAAACAAUAAGCAUUGUAUAUUGUACUCACAUAUAGAUGUGGCGUCAUAACUUGGGAAAAGUGUUUAGAUUCUCUUUGCAGCACAAAUUUCAUUUCAGCACCAGGUUCAACUAUCUGAAUGUACACUAAUUAAAAGAGCAAAAGGUCUUGUUUUUGACAUUGAUUACAUUGCUAAUAUUUGGUAAUGUUAACUUAACAUUGGCCAAGUCCAAUAAAUGUGCAUCCUAUAGGCCACAAGAUGAAACAAAUUAAAGGUUGCAGGAAAUAUAGGGACAUCGUGGAAA